AUGGGGAGGGGCCCCAAGGUCUCCUCAUGCCUCUCUCACAGCCUGUCGGCUUGCUCCUUCUCGACCCCCGGCUGUGGGGCACUGGCUGCUGCCCUCAGGGACAACCGCAGUCUGCAGGUGCUGGAUGUGGGCGAGAACGAGAUUGGGGAUGGUGGCAUGGAAGUCCUGAGCCAGGCGCUGGCGUCAGGCACCUGCACCUUGACUACACUGGGGUUACAGAAAUGCCAGCUGACAGCUGCCAGCAGUGAGCACCUCAGCCAUCUGCUCAGGAGCAGCAGGAGCCUGGUCAGCCUGAACCUCCUGGGAAAUGACUUGCAGCUCCAGGGGGUCAGCAUGCUCUGGAAAGCUGUGAAGUCCUCCCAGUGCCCACUCCGCUUGCUCGGACUGGACAGACACUUGCUCCUGGAGGUGGAGAAAGAGCUGAAGGCGCUGCAGAGCAGGGGCUCGGCUCUGAAGAUCCAGUGCUGGUGGGAUUCCAGUGACCCUGAGGCCAGAUGGUGCUGGUGAGCUAGGAGAGGCCAGCUUCUAGG